CUUCCCGGACAUGUGCCUCUGUCACUCAUGCACAUGCAGCCACACAACUACACCACACACCCAGUUGUGUGUCCUCUGUGUUCCCAGCACAAGGCUGGCACACUUCUCUGAGUCUUGUGAACACGGCCCUCCGCUCCCCGUCUCUCUAGCUUGGAACAAAACCUGAACAAUAUCCCUUAAUCACCUGCAGCUUGACUACAUUUUCUGUGGAUUUAAUGGUUUUUAAGUGUUAAAAACCCAUCAAUUGUUUUUGCUUUUGGUGAAAGAAACAUACAGUGUGGAUUUGUACCUCAGAAGAGGUCCUCAACUUUGUGAGUCUUUCAAAAUGGCACCUGUGAAAGGCUGGGUAGUGGGGCUCCUGCUGGUUCUCCUGUGCCCAUCGCAGGUCCCGCUCUCUGGUGUGGUGAGUGCCCAGGACGUGGCUGAGGAAGACCUCCAUGCCAGAAAUGUUGAGGAUGUUGUGGCUGAAGAGGGCGAAGCUGAGGGUGAUGAUGGCGCUGCUGGGGAAGAGGAACAGGUAGCAGAGGAGGAAGAUGAGGAAGAAUCAGAUGAUGAUUCAGAGAGUGAUGAACAGGAGGAAGAAGAGGAAGAAGGGGAGGUUGAGGAGGAAGAAGAGACUGCUGAAGAGGAAGAGGAUGCUGAGCAGGAGGAGGAAGAAGAGGAGACUGCUGGUGAGGAGGAAGACGAGGAAGAGGAGACUGCUGGUGAGGAGCAAGACGAGGAGGAGACUGCUGGUGAGGAGGAAGACGAGGAAGAGGAGACUGCUGGUGAGGAGCAAGACGAGGAGGAGACUGCUGGUGAGGAGGAAGACGAGGAGGAGGAGACUGCUGGUGAGGAGGAAGACGAAGAAGAGGAGACUGCUGAUGAGGAGGAAGAUGAAGAAGAGGAGACAACUGAUGAGAAAGAGGAAGCAGAGGAAGAGGAGGCAGCAGAGGAAGAUGGAGAGGCUGCUGAGGAGGAGGAAGAGGAGGAUGAUGCUGAAAAAGAGGAGGCUGAGGAGGCAGCAGCAGAGGAAGACGAGGAGGAUGAGGCCGCAGCUGAAAAUGAGGAUGAAGAGGAGGCAAGUGAGGAGGAUGAUGAAGAAACUGAAGGAGAGGAGUUAGCUGAGGAAGAGGAGGCUGACGAUGCUGAGGAGGAGGAAGAAGAGGAUUACUCUGAGGACGAGGAUGCAACUGAAGCAGAGGAAGAUGAUGAUGAGCCUGAAGAUGACGAGGAUGACACAAGUGAAGAGGAGCCAGCCACUGACAUGCUGCAAUUCCGCCCUGGCUCUUUGUGUUGUCUUUGCUCCAUCUGUGAGCACUGCUCUAAUAACUGUGACAAGUGCCCCUGUGAAGAGGGAGAUGAAUCAGAUCACUGCCAGCACUGCCAGGGAUGCUCAUCCUGCUAUCUUUGCCCCAUACUGUGUGACACAAUUUGCACACCAGGUGGCCUUGUUGAUGAGCUAACUGGGUCUCUCUUUCAGACUGUUGCCUCUCUACUUUGAGCAACCAUAUGAUGCCACCAUGUGGCGCAGGACCAUGAGGUACUGUGCUCAGGAUUGGAGCUGUCCAGCUGUUCAUACCGCUCCAGCAACAUGAGGACUCCCACAAGAGCUUGUCAUGAAUGUGACAGCUGACAGAAAAACAAAAACAUGUUCAUGUUUUAACUAAUUUUUAGAUAACAUUUUUAGUAGACUUGUAAUGACAGCUGGAAAAAAAAAUGUUUUUAGAGUCUAUUUUCUUUUCCUUUAUCUAAUGAAUGUCCUAUUGUACAUUUCAGUGCAAAAUUGAUGAUAAUACAUUGCUACAGCUAUAAUAUAAUUAAAAACAUUUGUAUGAGCAUUAUUAUGAAACAGUUUUAGUUGAGCAAAACUGUUUACAGGUCUGUCUUAGUGGCUGGAAUAUGUACGAAUGUACUAGAAAGAUAAAAAUUACAUCUAUUGCACCUCAUGUAAAUGUAUGAUUGAUUUUCUACAGUAAAAUAUUUCACACAUGUUAAUACAAAAUCAACUUAUACAAUGUUACUGAUUCUCAUCUGAUAAUACAUUUCUUCUUAUCUGUAUCUUUCUUUAAUGUAGCCAAUAUGUGCAUCACAAGCACAGGUUAUAUCUGUCACAAAUUUGCUUCCAAUUAGCUGUUUUUGCUAUGUGCACUUUUAGUUGAUCUUAAUGUUCUAUUUCACAUUGUUUACUGAUUUCUAAAGUAUUUCUAGAUUUAUUUCUGUGCAUGUAAACACAGCUAUGGCUUACCCUACUCAUUAAAACUGCAGUUGAUGUAAAAAAAAAAAGGGUAAAUAGUCCUAUAAAAUACUCCAUCAUAACUUCUUAAAAGUUUUAACCCACAACUGUGUAUAAAGUUAGGUAUUUCCCUUUAGCUUAUGGGAUUAUAGAUGUUUUAAAUUUUGAAUGAUUCAUAAUAAUAAAUUGGGUUUAGACAGGGAAGUUGUUGGGUGUAAAUUUUUAAGCAAAAAACACAGAGAGCCUAACCUAGUUGAAGAAUUCGGUUGCCAUGACAAUCCUUUGCUCUCUUAAAGCGGUACUCCAGCAACUUUGUAUUGCUUGUGUGAGAUAAAUUUUAAAAUAGAAAAAAUCAAAGCAGAAGAGGCAGAGAUAUCUAGACUUUUAGUCCCUAGCAUGAAUCCAUUUUCAAAAACACUGGAUCCUAAACUUCCCAUAAUGCUACUUGAUAUCAUCUUUUUGUUAGAUUCUCCUUACCGGAUAAAUGCCCAAAAUCCAGACGCAGACUUUCUGUUCUAAAUGUGUUGUCUCCAAGCCCAAGAUGAAAACCCGCCUGGUGACAUCUGUUUGUACAUUACAAAGCUCCUCCAGUGCCACAGAAGACAUUAUACAGGCAGUAGGUCUACUGAGCAGUACUCACUGUGACAAGUAAACUGAACUUAAUGUGUAAAAGUGGAAAGUAAACAGUGGAACAAUUGCAGUAAGCUAUGUAUUGCUGUUUCUUAAAUAAAUCACCUCUGUUCACCCUUUCA